AUGAAACUCAUGACUCAGAAUAUCCAAGAUAUGAAACUCACCUCAGCCCAUUCUGUUUCAGAUCCAAGCAGCGAAACAAGCCACCUCAAUCCUUGGGAACAAAGCCACAGCAAGCCCGACAACAAGGACAAGAGGGAGAACGAGAGCGACGAGGGAGGACACACGGGAGAUCCUCUCAUUGCACAUAGAAUUAGUCAACCCAGUGGACCAUUGCUACUCGCUAGAAUCAAUCAAGACCAAAACGAAUCACAACCAACAACCAUCGCACCUCAUAGAAAAUAGGACAGCCAUCUAACAUCCUAAA